UGUCUUUUUCCGUUUGAACGCGGGAUUGACCGAGGUAGAGAAAUAAGAGCAGAGUGGCGUGCGCGGGGAGGGAGAAACAGGGAAGAAUAGAAAUAGCAUACCUCCGGGAAGAGGGAAGGGAGAAGAAGAGGUUAUAUACCUAUGUUCUAUGUUGUGUGUUUUCUUGUGUCGGGUCCGGUAGGAACUUGAAAGGAUCUUGUAAUGAGCAUUUCAAUCCAAUCUCACCGAUUUGAUGUUUGGAAUGUGAUUUUGGGAUCGACCCACUUCACCAAAUCACUCAAUCUUACAAGCCAUCUCACCUCCUAAUCUUUCUCUACCUAUUCUCCUCUCGAUUUGCCCCGCUGGAUGCCGACCAUAUAACUGUCUACUCCUACACGAUUCCGUUCGCUGCACUGUUAUUAUAGCUAGAUCAUUUCUACUGUUUUUCACACACUGCAGAAGACGAGGAGGCGUCCUUGAAGGCGCUCCAUCUCCAUCCCUCUCUAUUAGGUAGAUUGGCCCAUCGUUCAGGCAAGAAAAUCCAAUAUGAUGCUCCUGUCUGGGGGAAAAUAAAUUCAGGCGAUUAUAUCGGGCAAUAAAAAAACCUAAAUGUAGGAGACGGUUGAUCCAUAUUGCUUUGGGGAGAGAUCAGCGAAUAGGUUUGAAAUCCGAGAUGAAGGAGGGCAGUGGAAUUAUUCCAGCAGGAAUGAAGGAAGAAGAAUAUGAAUACAUUAGAGAAGUGAUUGGGCGGUAUCAUAAGCACGAAACAGAGGGCGAUCAGUGCUCUUCCAUGGUGGUCCAACGCAUCAAUGCCCCGGUUAAUGUGGUGUGGUCUGUGGUGCGGCGAUUCGAUAAGCCUCAAACUUAUAAGCAUUUCAUCCGCAGCUGUGCCAUGAAGGGAGAUGGUCAGGUGGGCAGCAUAAGAGAAGUGAGCGUGGUCUCUGGGUUGCCCGCCUCCACCAGCACAGAGCGCCUGGAGAUCUUGGAUGAGGAGAGCCAUAUCAUCAGUUUCAGCGUGGUGGGCGGUGAGCACAGGCUCAAGAAUUACAAAUCUGUCACCACCUUGAAUGAGGUGGUGGCGGAUGAAGAGGAAGGGAGGCGGUGGACGCUUGUUCUUGAAUCUUAUGUGGUGGAUGUGCCAGAGGGCAACACGAAGGAGGACACCUGUAUGUUUGCGGAUACCGUUGUCCGCUGCAAUUUGCAAUCUUUGGCUCACUUGUCCGAGCAUCUUAGCCUACAGCAGCAACAGGAUUAAUCGAAACCUGUGCUUUUUCUUGGUGGAUACUGGACCGCAUACCUUAAUUUGGAAGUCUCAGAGGCCUCUGCUUUUAUAAAAGGGGUAGCUAUUUUAAAUUUUUAUACUGUCUUCUAUGGCCUGCUCUGCUGCUAGGCACAAAACAUUCCCUUAUUUUCUUUUGAUUGUAAUUUCAGUUUCAUCUAAGAAAUGAAAAAAGCUUGCACAAUUUUGAGGUCCUCUUUCGAAAAUGAACAGAGGGCUUUCUUUA